UCUCCUUAUUUAAUUACGGUGCCCGAAUUUCAUUCUCCACUAUCACUCUCUCUCCUCUCUCUGGUUUGAGUGAAAGCUUGGAGCCGGAGCUUGAGGUGAGGGUAUCAAUGGCAUUGGCAAAGCCGCCGAAGAAGCACGUCUUCCUCUUCUACUGUGCGGAAUGCGAAGAACUUGCCUGCAAAGUUGCUGCUCUUUCCGAUUCCAUCACCCUGCAAACCAUCAAAUGGAGGACAUUUGAUGAUGGUUUUCCAAAUAUUUACAUAAACAAUGCUCAAGAUCUACGUGGGAAUCAUGUAGCAUUCCUUGCAUCCUUCAGCCACCCAGGAGCUAUCUUUGAACAGAUAUCAGUCAUAUACAAUCUCCCAAGGCUUUUUGCUGCUUCCUUCACGUUGGUACUGCCCUUCUUUCCUACUGGCUCCUUUGAGCGGAUGGAAGAAGAAGGGGAUGUUGCAACAGCAUUUACCAUGGCCAGGAUCUUAUCAAAUAUUCCUAUUUCGAGAGGUGGCCCAACAAGUGUAGUGAUCUAUGAUAUACAUGCCUUGCAGGAAAGGUUCUACUUUGGGGAUAAUGUUUUGCCUUUGUUCGAAACUGGAAUUCCACUCCUAAAGCAACGUCUGCACCAACUUCCUGAUGCUGACAAUGUAGUCAUAGCAUUUCCAGAUGAUGGAGCUUGGAAGCGUUUCCACAAGCAACUCGAUCAUUUUCCUGUGGUCAUCUGCACAAAAGUUCGUGAAGACGACAAAAGGAUAGUUCGGAUCAAGGAAGGAAGUCCUGCUGGUCGUCAUGUUGUUAUUGUUGACGAUUUGGUACAAUCUGGAGGAACCUUGAUUGAAUGCCAGAAAGUUUUAGCAGCUCACGGUGCGGCCAAUGUUAGUGCCUAUGUUACUCAUGGUGUCUUCCCAAAGCAAUCGUGGGAGCGGUUCCUUCACAAGAAUGGUAUGGAGACGGCGUUUUCCUACUUUUGGAUCACAGAUUCCUGCCCCCAUACAGUCAAAGCCAUAGCAAAUAAAGCCCCUUUUGAAGUUUUGAGUCUAGCAGGUUCCAUUGCUGAUGCUUUGAAGAUUUGAAUAGAUAGGUUCUCGAUGGGACUUCAAUUAUGCGAAUCUGAAGCAUAUCAUUAAAUUAAUAAAUCCACAAGGAAAAAGAAGAGGUGUCCCCCACACCGUACUGAUUCUGAUAUAUUAUGAGUGAAUGCUGGAUGAUAUCCUUUUCGGUGAUAUUGAUGGUUUAACAGUACUGAUCUUAUCAUUUCCUGUC